GUGUGUGUGUGUGUGAGUGCGAGUGAGUGAGUGAGAGUGAAUGCGUGUAUGUGUGUGUGUGUGCAGCAGCAGCGGCUUUGUAUGGCAAAUGAAUUCAAGCUCGGCAAACAAAAGAAAAUGCAGCUUAAGUGAACUUCCUGUGUUCACAACAACAACAACAAUAACUAAAGCAACAAGAGCAACAACAACAACAACGACGAGUGGGAGGGAGGCGGCGCAGGCAACGCGACUUUAGCCAAUUACCAAAACAAACACCAACAACAACAGCAGCAGCAGCAAUAACAACAACAACAAAGUGCAAUGGCCGCCUCCACAUCAACGCCACAAAAUUACAAAGUGCCAUCGACGAGCAAAAUAUCUGUGGAUAAACUUUUACGUGUCGGCUACUACGAACUGGAGAAAACGAUCGGAAAGGGAAACUUUGCCGUAGUUAAACUGGCCACAAACAUUGUGACCAAGACAAAGGUGGCCAUCAAGAUCAUCGAUAAGACAUGCCUCAACGAGGAAUACCUGAGCAAGACGUUUCGCGAGAUAUCGAUACUCAAAUCGCUGCGUCAUCCGCACAUAACACGCCUCUACGAGGUGAUGGAAUCACAGUCGAUGAUCUACCUGGUUACCGAAUAUGCGCCCAAUGGCGAGAUCUUUGACCAUCUGGUGGCCAAUGGACGGAUGAAGGAGCCGGAGGCUGCGCGUGUCUUCACACAGCUCAUCUCGGCGGUGCACUAUUGUCAUUUGCGUGGCGUGGUGCAUCGGGAUCUCAAGGCAGAGAACGUGCUGCUCGACAAGGACAUGAAUAUAAAGCUGGCAGACUUUGGCUUUAGCAACCACUAUGAGGCGGGAAGCUUGCUGCGCACGUGGUGCGGCUCACCGCCGUAUGCGGCGCCCGAGGUGUUUCAGGGUCUGGAAUACGACGGACCCAAGUCGGACAUCUGGAGUUUGGGCGUAGUGCUCUAUGCUCUCGUCUGCGGCGCUUUGCCCUUCGACGGCACGACCAUAUUGGAGCUGAAAAGCCGUGUGGUGCAGGGCAAAUUCCGUAUACCCUUCUUUAUGUCGCAGGACUGUGAGCAUUUGAUUCGAAAUAUGCUUGUCGUCGAGCCGGAUCGUCGCUACACCAUCAAACAGAUCAUCAAACAUCGCUGGCUGAGCGACUGGCAGGCGGAGCUGCAGCAGGAGGAGCGUCUGGAUGGGAAUGCGCUGCCCUUUGGCACGGCUGGCUCGCAAAUGCAGUCGAGCUCUUUGGGCAGCUCAACGACAUCGCUUUCCGGUGGCGAUGGCACCGAGGUGUCGGCGCCACCUCAGCUGGAUGCUGUGGUCAUGACGCACAUGCUGCAGCUGCCUGGGCUGACGGCCGACAUGAUUGCCCAGUCGGUGCACGAGCAACGAUUCGAUAACAUCUAUGCCAUAUACAAUCUGCUGCAGGAUAAGCUGCUGCAGAAGCGACGCGAAAACCAAAGACUGCAGCAUCAUGCGAACCUUGCCUACUCCAGAUCCCGCAAGACAAGCAUCACCACGGGCGUUGUGGAUCGCUCGGAGCCCGUUAAACAGGAAUCUCUCGACCGGCUCAGUCCGCUGAGCAGCAAUGUGAACGCGUCCAAUACGGCGCUGGGCUUUGGCUGGUGUGCCGACGUCGGCGUCGAUCUGGAGAAGUUCGGCGACUUUGAGCUGGAGUGCCUGGCGCGUGCCAAUGAGCCUCCUGUCAAUUCGCAGCACUUGAGCGCCACGGCGGGCGGCGUUGCGGGCGCCAAUACGCGUCGCCACACGGUCGGACCCGGCGACGUGGCCCACGAACAGGCGCUGGCCAAUCCCCAAAUGCCGCCCAUCGACUUCAAGUGUGCGCCGCAGUGCAACGAUGCGGGCCAACCGACGCUCUACUACCCAACUAAUUUGCCCAUGCUGCAGAAUCAGCCGCUGCACAAUUUGACCAUCAAGGAUCAGCAUCUGCUCAAGCCGCCCGUUGUGAUGGGUGCCAGUUCGUUUGGUCGUCGCGCUUCGGAUGGUGGCGCCAAUCUGCAUAUUUACUAUCCGGCCGGCAUUUCGGCGGGCAACAGCGGCGUGGCAGCAACUCCACAGCAAAUGGACACCGCGGGCUAUUACAUCAAUGCCAAUAUGAAUGCAGCGCCGGGCACAUCGGAGCUGUCGCCGCUCGGUGAGCAGGCGGCGGGUCAGCUGCACUGCUGUCCGGAAAACAGCGGCGAGGAGUGCAGCGAGGAAAUACAAAGAUACAUGCAAAAGCGUGGCUGUGUCAAGCGCCACACCGUGGGCUGCACCGAGGAUCUGUCCGUCAGCCACAGUCCGGGCGAAUGCAUGGGUCACAUGCAAGUGGGCCAACCGGGGGCACAGGCCCAAACGCCCACCGGCAACGUUGCGGGCGGUGGCAAUAUGCGCACUCGACGCACGGGUCUGCUGACCGUUACGGAACGACCGCCAGUCAUUUGCCCCGAACUCAUACGCGAAGUUGAAUCUCGCAUGAAUCGCGACUAUUUGCCGCCCACACUCAAAUCGCUCAGCCAGUCCCCGCCCAAUGCGGCCACAUUUGGCCUGGGCCUCGCCAUGGCUGGUUCCGGCGCGCCGCAUUCAUUGCCAUUGAGCAUUGCGGGGGGCGGCGGUGGUGGCGGCGGUGUUGGCGUUGGUGGCGGUGGCAGCAGCUCAGUGCCGCUCGUCGUGGCACCCACAACGGCGGCGAACAAUCGACGCGCCUAUCGCGCCGCCCACUGUAAGCUGCCCACUGUGCAGGAGGGUGGACGCUACAGUCCCGUGCGUCGCGCCUCGGAGGGCUCACGGUCGCAGUUCCAGGGGCCGCUGCAGGAAUGCCAAUCGCUGCAAAAAGGUAUCGCACAGAGAAAUUUUUUGGUUGCACCCAGUCCGCCGCUUUUAGAAAAUUCGAUCAGUCUGCCAGGCUCACCCAUACAUGGCAAACCCACAAAUUUGCAGCUGGCGCUGCGUCGCGGUCACGGUCACGACAUCGAGGUGCCGCCGGAGGCCAUUAAGAAUCUGAUGCCCGCCUUGGAUCGUCUGGUGAAGGAGCAGCGGGUCAGCUUUGAUAUUGCCAAAAAGAUAAUCUCAUCGAAUGUGGUGCCCAUUGAUUUGGCGCCACAGCUGGGCCUGGCUGCGCAUGCGGCGAGUGGUGCAGCCGUUAGCGGUGGCUACUUGGAUCAGUCGCAUCUGCACCACCAGCCACAGCCCAUGCACAGCUACAGCGUGUCGCCGCUGACGCUGCCGCACGGCCCCAAUGCCUCACUCACGUCCGCCAAGCAGAUGUUCGGCCAGCCCAUCUGUGGCUAUCAGUAUCAGACGACGGCACCGCUGACCCUGGGCGUCGCAGCAGCGGGUGGUGCAGCGCUGUCGCUAACACUGCCCCUGCAGCCACAGCAGCAGCAGCCACAGCAGCAGCUGGUGGGUCAGUUCAGCAGCAUCAAUUUGGGCGCCAGCAACUCGAACAGCAGCAGCGGCUGCCAGUCGCCCGUCUACAGCCAGUGCAUGGCCAAUAGCCUUAGUAAUAGCAACAGCGGCAGCGGAUUCAGCGGCAGCUGCUCACCCAAUCCGAAUCCGUAUUUGCCCGGCACGGGCCCAUUCAAUCCCUGUGUGAAUGUCAAUGCGGCCGCGGCGUCCACUUCUCCGCUGCAUCAGAUCACCAAAGGCAUCUCGGGGCUGAGCACGGGCGGUGGCUCCAUCACACGCGGCACCUCGGCGGCCAGCGAGGGCGUUGCCCAGCAACCGCUCGACUUGUCCAUGGACGUCUGCAACAUGGAUCAGCCGGCUGACUAUGCCGGCACAUCGAACUGGUUUAUGCCCGCAGCAGCGUACUAUGAUCUGAAGCCAUUGAAUCUGUCGCCCGCACAGCCAGUGCGUGUGGUGCCGACGCCGCCGGCGUCGCCCAAUCUGUGCAUCAUCCAGGAGGAGAAUGGCAACGGCCAGAUGUGCCAUACCAUCAGCACGGGCACGCCCUAUGCGGGCUGCACGGGCGGCAUAACGCCACAGAUAUGCCUCACGGAUGUCCAAGGCAGUGAGAUCACGCUCGUCGCGCUCUCCUCGGAUAACAGCAGGGAUAGCGAGGAUUCACUGGAGCCGCACACGCCGAUAAUGUCGCUGCAGGGUCUCAUCAUUACCGAGCCCAGCAGCGAUAUGCCAUCCAUAACGCGUGGCAUUGGACGCAAGGCGAGUUUGGACUGUGAGCCAGUUGGCUCGAGUCAUGCUGGCCAUGCUGCCCAGAGUUCGGCUCAGGCGGAGGCGCAUAGGCGUGGCAGCGACAAGUCGCUGGGCUUCUCCGAUGAUUCGCUGAGCAACGACUCGAAUAAUCUGUCACCGUCCUGCCAGGAGCCGUCGGCCAGUUCGGGCUUCAAAUCCGACUCACAUUCCGAAAUGGGCGAUCACACGGAGUGUGGCCACCUGACGCCCGACUCCAUGUGCGAUUCGCGUCGCAUGUCCGAUGAGAUGUGCUACGAAGUGCCGCUGCCACACGAGUGCUCCAACUUGGACUCCACGCGCAUUCUCGAGAUGGUCAAGCAGACAAUCGACUCGACGAUGCCGCCCAAGGGAUUUGUGCUGCACAAGGGCAGCAUUAGCUCCGAGGACAGUGGGGCGGAGUCGCGGCACAGCAGCGCCUCGAAUGCCUCCAGCGAUGCGACGCCGCAUGCCACAGCCAACAGCAGCAGCAGCACCAGCCACAGCUCCAGCAACAGCAAUGCGCCUGCCUCACACACGGCCAGCUAUGCCGAGCCGACGACGAAUCUGAGCCUGGAGUACUCUGGCGGCCUGCAGAUCGAGCUGCAGGUGUGCGAGGGCCGGAGUCGGGAUCACCAUGGCGCUGCCAAGGGCAUCAAACUGCGACGCAUCUCGGGUGAUCAGUUCGAGUAUGGUAAAAUAUGCCAGCAGCUGAUUAGUACCAUAACCAUGCAACAGGUGGCGGGCUAAGGCAAAGCGAAUGUGUGCCCAAUAUGUGUUUCCAUGUGUGUGUGUAUCUCUGUAUCUGUGUCUGUAUCUGUAUCUGUAUCUGUAUCUCUGUGUGUCCUGUAGUUUAGAGAAACCAAACGUAAUUGACUCGCCUUGCCUAUUAACUCUGCGUAGCUGUGAUUUAAGCCGAUUUGUACAUAGAAGAGUGCAUAAUUAAAUAUGUAAAGUGUAACUAUAUGUCCAUGUGUAACUGGGUUCUGCAUCUGUGUGUGUGCGUGUCCAUCAAAGAAGAAGAAGAAGAAGAAGAAGAGGAGAAAACAGCCGUACGAAUACACUACUAUAAGCAAUCGAGAAUGAGAAAAUGUUAGAUCAACAAAAAUGUGUCCUUGUUCAGUUUGUAUUUUGUUAUUGUUAUUGGAAAUUGUUGACGAUUAUGUUUAUUAGCUCUGUUCCUCAAAUAACUUUGUAACUUUAAUCAAAAUUUUUAAUUAUCAAUAUGCAUAAUAAUGUUAACUAUUUAGAUAAAUAAUUAUGCAUUUUUUUCAAAUUUUUAUAGCUCCGAUUUUAGCUGUAUAUACGAUAUAUGAUAAUGCACUUUAGGCUUAAAAUAACCAACUAGGUAUAUCUAUAUACACACACACAUACAUAGCCAAGCAGGCAGGUUUUUAUAUCCAACUUGAGCUAUAUACAUAUAUAUAAUUUUAGUUUUUUUUUGAAUAACUCAAAGAAAAACGUUUUAAAUGCAUUCCAGUAGCUAAAUUUUUUCAUACAUUUUCUGACGUUCUAGUGGUAUAUACAUUUAAAUAAUUAAAUAUGUAACUAAUAUGUAGCAAAUAGUUAAGUCUAAUAUAUAUAAAUACAUCUAAUUUUCAAUUCUGUGCAAUCCAAUAUGGCAAAUGUGUAUAGCGCUAACGAUUCUGCACGAUUUCAAUUUCAAGCAAACCACUUUACUCUAUAAAUGAUAAUGAGAUGAUAAAAGGUAAUUUCUGUAGUUAGAAUGCAGUUUUUGCUCCGAUAUUCGUAAGCAUUAUAUGUGUAAGCCUCUUUGAUUCCGUAACAUUUUAAAAGUUUAUGUAUUUAGUAAAACUUUGUUCGUUUGUUAAAUGGUUAGUAAUGGCGCCUUCGAUAUGCGUUCAAAUUGAAUUAAACACAAAUUGAGAAAUCUAUUAUUAAAAGACUGCUGUGAUUUUAAAUAUAAUUAACUAUUUAGUUCAGAAAACAAAAUACAAACAAAACAAA